GAGAGAGGGAAGGUGCCUCCUCGCUCCAUCACCACCACCACCACCACCACCACCAUCAUCAUCAUUCCCGUCGUUGUCUCUCCUCGUUGAGUCCACGUCGGUGACGGUGAUGCUGCGCUAACACAGCGGAGGGAGAAGCGCCGGAGCGCGGGUGGGAUUUUUUUUUUAACUUGAAAAAAGGCGGACGAAACCUUUAUAUGUUUGGAUUCCGGCUCUAUUCCCCUUCGCCAAUGCAACAGGAAAUAUGCAGCGAAGCUUCACCAUCCUUUACACCAGUUUACUGGGGAUGUGCUUGGCUUCAAGCGCAAGUUUCCCAAGUAACAUCAAUAUAGGAGGAUUGUUCCCCACCGAGUCGCAUGAAUAUGAAGUGUUUCGCUUCGCCCUCUCUCACCACCAAGACAUUCCCAAACUGGUGCCGCAGGUCGAUAUGGUCAAGAUGGGCAACAGCUUUUCCAUGACAUAUGCAUUCUGCUCCCAGUUCUCCAAAGGCGUGUAUGCCAUCAUCGGCUUGUACGACAGGAAGACGGUCAACAUGCUUAUGUCCUUCUGCGGCGCCCUGCAUGUCUGCUUUGUUACGCCAUCCUUCCCCAUCGAGACGGCCAACCAGUUUGUCAUUCAGCUGAGGCCGGAGCUGCAGGACGCUCUCGUGGGACUAAUUGAAUACUACGGAUGGACCAAGUUUGUCUACAUGUACAGUUCAGACUCAGGUCUGUCUGUGCUGCAGAAGGUUCUGGACACAGCAGCAGAGAGGAACUGGCUGGUGACAUCCGUCAAUGUGGAAACCAUGACUGAGGCAUCGUUCUUGAAAGUGUUCCAGGAUUUGGACAAGAGGAAGGAGGGACAGAUUAUCAUCGACUGUGAGACAGAGCGGCUUACCGGCAUCCUUAAAAAGAUUGUGGAGCAAGGCAAGAAUGCAAAGAGUUACCACUAUAUCUUGGCUAACCUGGGUUUCCUGGACAUUGACCUGACAGACCUACGGAAGGGUGGCGCCAACAUCACCGGCUUCCAGCUCGUCAACAACUCGGAGCCCGGCGUCAGUCGAGUUGUCCAGCAAUGGAUGGAGUUUGAUAACAAAGAUUCCAAAGUGCCCAAGAAUCGACUCAAAUACACUGGAGCUCUGACAUAUGAUGGCGUAAAAGUCAUGUCAACAGCGUUCCAGAACUUAAGGAGACAACGGAUAGACAUCUCGCGCAGAGGAAACGCUGGAGAAUGUCUUGCUAACCCACCAGCUCCCUGGGGUCAGGGCAUAGACAUCCAGAGAGCCUUGCAGCAGGUUCGCAUAGAAGGACUGACUGGCCAUAUUCAGUUCAACGAGAAAGGCCGUAGAACCAACUACACUGUUAGUGUCAUGGAACUGGCUCCAUCAGGACCCAAAAAGGUUGGCUACUGGAAUGAAGAUGAGAAGUAUGUGACCACCGCAACGUUUAUGAGAGGCAGCAAUGAGACUUAUGGCCUUCAGAACCGAACUUACAUUGUCACUACUAUUUUGGAGUCUCCAUAUGUGAUGCUGAAGAAAAACCAUGAACAACUUGUCGGAAAUGAUAAGUAUGAGGGCUACAUUGUGGAGCUGGCUGCAGAGAUAGCAAAACAUGUUGGCUACCAGUACAAACUGAAGGUUGUUUCAGACGGCAAAUACGGAGCCAGAGACCCUGAAACCAAGAUGUGGAACGGCAUGGUUGGAGAACUUGUGUAUGGGAAAGCCGAUGUGGCUGUGGCUCCUUUAACCAUCACCUUGGUCCGUGAGGAAGUCAUCGACUUUUCCAAGCCCUUCAUGUCCUUGGGUAUCUCCAUCAUGAUCAAGAAACCCACAAAGUCCAAACCUGGAGUGUUCUCCUUCCUGGACCCCCUGGCUUAUGAGAUCUGGAUGUGCAUCGUGUUUGCCUACAUUGGCGUCAGCGUGGUGCUCUUCCUUGUCAGUCGCUUCAGCCCAUAUGAGUGGCACGCGGACGACUACGAGGAAGGAGGCGAGCCGCAGAGCCCCACUCAGGCGGCGGCCUCCAAUGGCUUGCAGCAGAGCCAGAGCACCACUCAGCAGAACACCAACCAGCAAAGCGCGGAGCAGACCAAUGAGUUUGGGAUUUUCAACUCCUUGUGGUUCUCGCUGGGCGCCUUCAUGCAGCAAGGCUGUGAUAUCUCCCCACGCUCCCUUUCAGGUCGAAUUGUUGGAGGAGUGUGGUGGUUCUUUACCCUCAUCAUCAUCUCAUCCUAUACCGCCAACUUGGCUGCCUUCCUGACAGUGGAGAGAAUGGUGUCUCCUAUAGAGAGUGCUGAAGAUUUGGCCAAGCAAACAGAGAUUGCCUAUGGAACGCUGGAUGCUGGCUCUACUAAAGAGUUUUUCAGGAGGUCAAAAAUUGCCGUGUUUGAGAAGAUGUGGUCGUACAUGAAGGCCGCCGACCCGUCUGUGUUUGUCAAGACCACAGACGAGGGCGUAAUAAGGGUGAGAAAAUCCAAGGGAAAGUAUGCUUACCUGCUGGAAUCCACAAUGAAUGAGUACAUAGAGCAGAGGAAACCCUGCGACACAAUGAAAGUGGGAGGAAAUCUGGACUCCAAAGGUUACGGCAUCGCCACCCCCAAAGGCUCCCCCCUCAGAAUCCCAGUAAACCUAGCGGUGUUGAAACUCAAUGAGCAAGCCGUCUUAGACAAACUGAAAAACAAAUGGUGGUACGAUAAAGGGGAGUGUGGCAGCAAGGACUCCGGAAGAAAGGACAAGACGAGCGCUCUGAGCCUCAGCAACGUGGCCGGAGUCUUCUACAUCCUGAUCGGCGGCCUGGGCCUGGCCAUGCUAGUGGCCCUGGUGGAGUUCUGCUACAAGUCCAGGACCGAGUCACGACGAAUGAAGCAAUCCAUCAAUGACGCCAUGCGCUGUUCCACCCUGACCAGAAUGAGCGGUAACGGGAGAGGAGGAGAGAACGGACGCCUCCUCACCCACGACUUCCCCAAAACCAUUCAGACACUGCCGUGCAUGAGCCACACUGCCAGCAUGGGACUGGGUGCCUCUGGCAUGUGAUCACAAUACUGCGUUUUGGAGAAGGGGAGGGCAGGAAGUAAGCAGGGUGGGACAGGACUAAUGACUCCAAAAAACUAAACAAAAAAAACAAACAAUGGCUCUGUGGUUUGACCCAUCUAUUCUUCUGGCUGUGGCCGACUGGAACGAGAUUUAACUUACUGCCAAAAUGCACUCUUCAAACACAAGACUUUUUUUUUUUUAAAUAUGUGGGUAUUGGCAAUGUAAAAAAAAAAGGAAAAAAAAGAAGAAAGGAAGUGAGCUGCAAUAAAAAAGUCCGGGUGUGUGUUUUUUUUUUUUUUUUUUCUUUUUUCAAAAAACAAAACAAAAAACCCUCAUCCUUAAGUGUGACGCCUGUGUUGUGCCAUUUUGAUGGAGUUGUCAGUCUGCAUGUGCAAAAUGUUCACCUCAACUGCUGACCUUGUACUACCUAGAAGCUUUCUGGUGGCUGAUGCGGUGUCUUUGCACAGACAACAAUGUUUUGUUGUUUUGUUCUCACUCUUGCCAUGUUGGGAGGACCAAGUGCUCUGUGUAGCAUAGCCAGUUUUCUAGUCCAUGGGUUUGCACUGCUGUAUUAUAAUGUGAAAAGUGUGGUUGGUUUGAGUCACUCUUGGUUGAAGGCUGGUGUUUGGGCCAGAACGUGCAUUGUUGCUACACCUGAUGGAACACGCCAUGCCUUGUCUUUGUGCCAUAGCACCAUUAUUUGUAUGCGCACACCGUUUUUUUCUUUUUUAAAACAACGUGUGCGAUUAUAGAAAAGGCGCAAAAUAGUGGCUAUGAGUGACCAUACACUGCAUCAUGCUGCUACGGCCUUCUUAGGACACCCACUGCUAUAUUCUGAAAUCUAGUAGCAGUACACGUGGAAUGAGAAAGAUUGGCUCCUUUAGAAAAAAAGCUAAUUAAAAUGUUCCCGGGAAAUAUUGUUAAAGCGGUUGCUCUUAUCCAUUCUGUGAUGUAUUUUGCGCUGUAUUCAAUUCUAAUUAAAUGGCCAGUGCCACUAUUCACACAUUUCCUGAGAGUGACAUAUCAAUUGCACUUUGUGCACCACUUUCAAGUCUUACCAUGUAAAAUACAGGAAAUGUUUUUUUUUUGGCUUAGUAAACAUUCCAAUGUUCCAAUUGACUGGUUGGAUUCUAAAUUUGUUGUAAUGUCCAUUUUGAAAACAAAAAAAAUGACCACAAUUUAAAGUUUUGUGCAAUCUAAUUAAAAAAAAUAUUACAAAUUCUACUAAUUGGAAAUGUAUUUAUUGUCUUUAUGAUUAGAAAAAGGGUAACACUUAAGUAUGGGGAACAACAUAUUCACCAUUAAUUAGUUGCUUAUUAACAUGCAAAUUAGUAACAUAUUGGCUCUCAAUUAGUCAUUAUUAAGUACUUAUAAUGCCUUAUUCUGCAUGGCCUUAUUAUACAACCAGUAAGCCAUUAACUAAGAGUCUUCUCUCAAUAACCUCAGAAUUAUUGCUUAUUAGUUACCCUAACCCUAAUAUGUUCCCCUAGUGUCCAAAUAACUGUAAAUUAAGUCUUUGUUACUUUAAUAAGCAACUCAUUAAUGGUGAAUAUGUUCCCCAUACUAAAGUGUUACCAAAAAAAUUAUUGAAUUAAUAUUAGGGUUGUCAAAAAUAACCAGCUAACUCAUGAUAUUAAUGACAACAAAUGAUCGCAAUAGUCAUGAGUACAAUCGUCCCUUCACCACAUUGCAGAUUUUUCGGAGGAUAUUUUUUAAGCAUGUUCUACAUUUGUGUCCUAAAUUAACCAUGUUCAGGCAAAAAUUUAAAAAAAUGGCUAAAACAACCAAAAUAUUAACACUACAGUAGUAUUGGUCACCCGAAGAGGCCAAACCAGUCACAACGCGCUGUUCAGUACCGUGGCCACUGAUUGGUUUAGCCUCAGGCAGCAUUACUAUAUAAUAGCGUAAAGGUGACUAAGGGGUGUUAUUUCAAGUCUAAAAGGCUCUCAUAAUGUUGAAAAAGUGAGAGGUUUGUAAACAGGUGUUUAUGCUCUAGCUAUGAAAAUAUUUGAUUUAGAAUUAAUUCCUAUUCCAAUUAUAAGGGCUGUUUGCAACAUGCACACAGAUGUCUAGAGGGCGCUAACUUUCCAAUGUAUUUUACACAGUAUAUACCGCCCUCUUCCAGCCUCUAGGACGUAACUACAUACGUACGUAACACAUGCACGCGCAUUAGCUUUGGGUGUUGUUGGCUAAUAAUAGUGAUUUGGAUGGCUUUGAAUUGUUCAUCGCUUCUCCUGGACUGCCUUUGUUUGUGUGCACGUGCUCUCUGCGCGUAUGUGUUGACGAGACCGGGUGAGUGACCGCCGUAAACACCAAUCAUUUUAUUCGGGCUGGUAAAAAAUGUAAUUACACAAACUGAGUAAUUGGGGAAAAAUAUAGACCGUUUUAAUACGAAUGUUUUUCUGUUAAACCACUAAUGGUAACACAACACAAACCUGCUCAGUGGCCUUGUGGUUAGAGUGUCCGCCCUGAGACUGGAAGGUCGUAAGUUCAAACCCCGGCAGAGUCAUACCAAAGACUAUAAAAAUGGGACCCGUUGCCUACCUGCUUGGCACUCAGUAUCAAGGGUUGGAAUUGGGGGUUAAAUCACCAAAAUGAUUCCCAAGCGCGGCCACCGCUGCUGCUCACUGCUCCCCUCACCUCCCAGGGGGUGAACAUGGGGAUGGGUCAAAUGCAGAGGAUAAUUUCACCACACUUAGUGUGACUAUCGUUGGGUCUUUAACUUUAACUUAAAAGCUAGCCAGUGGUGUUUUUGUUCUAGUUUGGCUUUGACACAUGUAAGCAAGUUGCAAACAGCCCUUUUAAUUACGAUAAACGAGGAAAGACUGUACAUGCAAAUUAAUCACACAAUUUAUGUUGACCGUGCGUACUCCCUUAUUUUAGCUGCAGAUGAAAGUGUGUUAUCAUACAGUCAAUGCAUAUGUCAGUGCAAAAAUUAGUGAGGAGACGCCGACUGUUGCGCUCGUUCGCAAAUUUGACUUCAAACUACAUCCCGAUGGGACUUCAGCUCAAACUGUCACCAGGUUUUUGGCAAAUAAAUGAUGUGCAUUCAAGUAGAACAUUUUGAAAAAUGUUCCUGGAUAACAUUCUGACAAUGAAGUGUUCAAAUAUUGGGGUCUUCUCCAAGUUGAUUUAAAUUAUGCAAGCGAGUGAUUGAUCACGAUUAAUCUAAAUUCAAAAGUGUGGUUAAUCUGAUUUUUUUUCCAUUUUUUUUAAAUAGUUAGACAACACUAUUACCAUUAAGUUGCUUUUUUUAUUUAAUAAAAUUACUCAUUUUAAAUGCAGUGAACAAAAUUCAUAGUUGACAUGGCAACUAGAUAUGAACAUGAAAUACAAUUAUUUGAUUCAUUUGAUUAUUAUAUGACCCAAAAAAAACAACAUGGCUUUAUUUUGUGGUUUGGAUUUUACAUAUUAGUAUGACGUCAUUGUUAUUUUUGUGUAUUCUGCACACCAAGAAACUAUAAUGUUGUCUAUAGUGAUGGUAGAAGUUGUCCAGGCCGGUGACACACAUUUGUAUUACAGUCUGAAGCCUUACAGGCAAUGUUCUUUUUUUAAAUUUUAUUAUUAUUUAUUCAUUUCACCAUUUUCCACUUACCUUAUCGCAUGUCCUCUCUGCACGUGAGCAGUUCCUCCGGUGGAAUUGUCAGACAAAGUAGAUGAAAGCAAAGGCCGGUACAUGAAAACAUGAAAUUAUAGUCAUUUGUCACCGCACAAGCCCUGGAACACAUUGCACAUUGUUCAUACCUCAAGCUGUGAUUUUACCUGAAGGUGACUCGAGAGGUUGUUGCUGGGUGUUACCAUCAUCAUUGCCACAUUUAAAGCCCCGCCCACAUUUGACCAGCUCUUCUUCCUCUAGACCAGUGAUUUUCAAACUCGUACGUGGACUCCAUUUAGUGGUACGCCAAAGAAUCACUUGAUUAAAGUACAGUGUUUUAUUUCCGUAUAUUCAAACAGUGUGUAAUGUUGCAGUGGCUAAAAAUAUAAAGAUACUUGUUAAAUAAGACCUCUGCCUUGUUUUUAAUAAACACUUAGGCCUAUUAUGCUACUGUAGUGUUGGUCAUUAUGGUGGUACUUGGAGAGCCAAGUUUUUUCUGAGAUGGUACUUGGUGAAAAAAAUGUUUGAGAACCACUGCUCUAGGAGAAAUGAUCCCCUUCAUGUUUUGCUUUACAACUAUGGUACCAAAUUGAAUACAUCUUUUAAAGCUGGAUAAAUAGGCAUCCGGUGUUUACCAAAACCGUACAUAUCACCACAUGAGAUGUAUACAAAAAGGAUGUCUUCUCUAAAACGUUUGCAAACAUGCCUCAGUGUACUUUCACUACUUUUCUUCCGCUCAUCCAUGUGUCUUCUCGUGCUGUUUUAUGAAUUAGGACACAGCGCAGAGGAGACUUUACCUUUGGAGAGAUGUUUUAUAUGCCGUUACAGAUUUAUAUAUAAGAAAAAAAAUAUAUAGAAACAAAAAAAAAAGACUUAAUGUUUGUAUAUAGAGGAGAGUUCGGUUGCUGGUGUUUUACACUUUGAAGAGUGUAAUAAACAAAACAAAAAAUACAUGCUAAUGUGGAAUUAUCUGUAGAAACUAAUGUUCAGAUCCAGUUUGGUUUUAUUUUUCAUUGUAUUGUUAAGAUUUAAUAAUGAUUUUGUAUUUUUAAGUGCUGGUAUUUUAACAUUUGAAUAUAUCCAUCUUGGAAUCUAAUCAUAGUUUUAUCCCAAGAUUUUCAUUGUUGUUUUUUCUUUUUUUUAAAUAAAAAAAAAGGUGUGUAGUAAUUUAAAAAAAUAAAACAUAUGUGAAUAAAUGUGUUUGAAGAAGGCAAAAAAAAUUUUGGAGAAAUAUUUUUUUCUAACCAAUGUGUCCUGGAAGGAAGUCAUCAUGCUUUUGUAACAGAAUAAAGGAAUAAACAAUGUAUAUUUGUUCAUGUACGUGUGUUAU